ACUCAGUGAAGCUUGACUCUGGGAUUACUGGCUGGAAGAGUGUGAAGAGAGAUUAGAGCACGAACCCACCUGAGGGAGGACAGAAGAUCUACUUGGGGGGAGGGAGACGACAGAAAACGGAAUAACAGUGGAGUAACUUUCACCUUGCCUUACUGACUGUACAGGACCUAAAAGGAAUUGAUUGGAAGCACGGCUUGUGCGGUUACCCAAGGGAGGCUACAGCUCGGCACCAUCUAUCAUUGUGGUCUGCCCUCCGUUUUAUUACCGGCCCCUGAUGACACCACCUUAUAUCAGAUAGGAUUGUGUGCACGCUUCACCUACACACACGGCCCUUGAAGCAGGGGGCAUUAGUCCUGCAACUGUCGGACCGCCAUUGCUGUCUGUCCUGUGUGUGUGUGUGUGUGUGUGUGUAUGUAUUAGAGAGAGAGAGAUAGAUAGCAGGUAUUUGUAUGUUUUCAGACCAUGUGCAGCAGAGCAAGGCGUGCUCUUAGUAGUCGAGACAUAUCGCACCCCUUCAGCUUCACCAAGGUGUUACGGGAUUUCCCCCACCCCAACUCUGCAGUUACACAGCACUGACUUUUAAUAUCUGAUGUCCUAUGUGCGUCAAAUUUUAUUCCUGAUAGUUUAAAAUAUCAUUUUAAAAUUGACCUGAACUUUGAGACGGAUAAUUAGGAAAAGAAACAAACUGCAGUGAUUGUUUGGUGAGAGUCCGAUAAGGUGCUGAUGCUAGUCAUUUUCUCCACAAAGCCUGUUUGCCCCACCCCCACCCCCCUCCAGUUUUGAAGCCUACCUGUUCUUCCUUUGUGAGUUUUGUGAGUUGCUUCACCCAGCUGGAACCCUGCAUUGAUCUGUGUUGAUGUUUUGUCGCCACACUCCAGCAGUGUUGUGGAAAUAAGUCUGGCGUUUACCAAGAGGGGUGUAGCUGGCGUCGUACCCAAGCAUACUUUAGCAGGAGAACCAAAGUGAACUCCUAACAACGGAAACUGCUAACAGGAAAACAAGCAGCGACUCCUGAUUGUGCGUGUGUGUGUCGAUCGUUAUCAAAGUGCACAGCUAAUUAACCCACACUCAGGUUGUUAAUAGCAGGCUCGCUUAUAAGAGUGCAAGUAACGCACACUUUAUGCAGCCUUGAAGUUGUUUUUUUUCUGUCCUCAAAUGAGAAUGUUGGAGGAGUUUAAUUUGCGGAUAUCAGUUCUAGCUCCUGCCGGAGUGUGUGAGUGAGGUGAUGAGAGUUUGAACAGCCGGGUGAAGUGUUUUAAUUAGCUGAAACCUUACGCUCUGCUGCUGCGCUGCUGUAGUAGGGGUAUCUAGUGGUUGCAGUUUAGCUGAGUCUCGGCUCGGUGACAGAGCAAAGUGUUAGUGUGUGUGUGGCAUGUGUGUGCCUGGACAAAGCCACAGAAGCCUCAUUGACCAGCCUACGACAGUCAAUAAACAAUGGGAGCAGGCCAGCGAUCUCGCCUCUUCUCGCGCUCCCUCGCUGUCCUGCUCGUUCAGUCGUCCAUUCUGCUCUCCCUCUGCUCACGGAGUCAGGCGGUGCAGGCUGAAAAUGUGACAGUUCUCGAGGGCGGUACAGCGCAGAUCUCCUGCCGCCUCCAGAACUAUGACGGCUCCAUAGUGGUCAUCCAGAACCCGCGCAGGCAGACGCUGUUCUUUAACGGCACACGAGCGCUGAAGGACGAGCGCUUUCAGAUGGUGCUGUUCACGCCACGCCUGGUGCGCAUCGCGCUGAGUAACGUGAGCGUGUCUGACGAGGGUGGCUACUUCUGCCAGCUCUACACGGACUCCACGCACCACCAGGUGGCCACGCUGUCAGUGGUGGUGCCCCCGGAGGUGCCCACUGUGGAGGUGAAGAGCGAAGCGGUGGAGGGUGGAGAGGUGGAGCUCACCUGCGUGUCGGAGAGGAGCAAACCUCCUGCUACGCUGCGCUGGGUCCGAGACCGCCGAGAGAUUCCUGGUGUGGUGUCUCAGCAGGAGAACGGAAAGACUGUGAGUGUGUCCAACACCAUACGGCUUUCCGUGGAGAGGAAGGACAACGGUGCUGCUCUCAGCUGUGAGGCAUCCCACCCGGCACUCGUGGGACAGAAAAGAGUCCGCCAUUACCGCCUGGAUGUCCACUUCGCCCCCACGGUGAGGAUCAGCCCCCCACAGGGCAUUCUGCGAGAGGGGGACUCGCUCAGCCUUACCUGCUUCGUCACUGGAAAUCCACUGCCACGGGACAUUCACUGGUCGAGAGUGAAUGACACUCUGCCUGAGAGGGCGGAAAUUUCCGGCACCACCCUGGUCAUGUCUCGCCUGAGCCAAACACACAACGGCACCUACCUGUGUCAGGCACACAAUAAUUACGGCCGUGCAGCCGACCAGUACACGCUGCUGGUGUAUGAGAAUGUGUCUGUGUUUGUCAGCCCCACCUCCCAUCCCGUCACCUCCUCAUCCUCCCUUCCAUGGACACCAGCAGACCCCGGAGCAGUAGUGGAGACUCAUAGUGCCGUACCGUAUCCAGUCAUAGGGGGUGUGCUGGCUGUACUCGUCUUCACCAUCAUCUGCGUGCUCAUCGUAACCAUCUGGUGCUCGGUCCGACAGAAAGGCUCGUACCUCACGCAUGAGGCAAGUGGCCUUGAUGAACACGGGGAGGUGCAGGAAGCAUUUCUCAAUGGAAAUGAUACUAGUCAAGGCAAGAAAGAGUAUCUACUGUAACAGCUCCUGGAGGAUGGCCACGGAGCGCACAUCACAAAUACACACACACACUCACACAGACAUAUACACCUGAUGGUAAACCACUACAGCAGUGCCAUGUAAAAGGGAGAGAGAGAGAGAGAGAGAGAGAGAGAGAGAGAGAGAGAGAGA